AUGUUUCGCGCGCAGUCGAACCUCUUUGACGAUGUUGUCGUCAAGGCUACGGAUGAGAAUCUGACGAGCGAGAACUGGGAAUACAUACUGGAUGUAUGCGACAAGGUUGGAUCUGCAGACACUGGCGCCCAGCAAGCCGUUGCGGCCAUGAUCAAGCGCCUGGCGCACCGCAACGCCAACGUGCAGCUCUACACCCUCGAGCUCGCCAACGCCCUCAGCCAGAACUGCGGGGUGCCGAUGCACAAGGAGUUGGCCUCUCGCAGCUUCACAGACGCGCUACUGAGGCUCGCCAACGACCGAAACACACACCAGCAAGUCAAGGCCAAGAUCCUCGAACGUAUGGGAGAGUGGUCGGACAUGUUCUCCCGUGAUCCAGACCUCGGCAUCAUGCAGGGCGCCUACAACAAGCUGAAGUCGCAGAAUCCCAAUCUGCGAGCACCUUCGAAACCACAAAAGACGCAGAUCUCCGAUACCGACCGCCAGAAGGAGGAGGAGGAGUUGCAGAUGGCGCUGGCCAUGUCGAUACGAGAGUCCAAGGGCUCCGCCCCUGCCACCGCCAAGUCGAAUGCUCCUCAAGACGCAAGCGCAGGCGCCAGCUCCAGCGCACAGCCUGCACAGGCCCCGGCGCCAGCACCACAAGGAACCACCGCAGCAACUGUCUCGCGAGUACGCGCCUUGUACGACUUCCAGCCUUCGGAACCCGGCGAGCUGCAGUUCAAAAAGGGCGACAUCAUUGCGGUACUCGAGUCGGUGUACAAGGACUGGUGGAAGGGCUCGCUGCGUGGACAGACCGGCAUUUUCCCUCUCAACUACGUCGAGAAGCUGCAGGACCCCACACGAGAGGAGUUGGAGAGGGAGGCACAGAUGGAGGCAGAGGUCUUUGCGCAGAUUCGAAACGUGGAGAAGCUGCUCGCGCUGCUCAGCACAAGCUCACAAGGCGGAGGCGACGUUCGGGACAACGAGGAGAUCACAGAGCUCUACCACUCGACGCUAGCCAUCAGGCCGAAGCUGAUCGAGCUGAUUGGCAAGUACUCGCAGAAGAAGGACGACUUCACACAACUGAAUGAGAAGUUCAUCAAGGGCCGCCGUGACUACGAAUCGCUACUUGAGGCUUCGAUGACACAGGCAGCACAGCCGGCAUACGGCGGCCGUCCAGCCUAUGGCGCUUACAGCGCACCGUCUCCAUCUCAAUACGCUGGUUAUCCACCCAGCGCCGCAACACCUCAGCAGGAUCCAAGCCGCUUCUACGGCGCUGGAGCACCACCUUCACAAGGCCCGUCUGGCCAAUACCCUCCAGCAGGCUCAACCCCUGCCUUCUUCAUGGUUCCUCCCGGCGAACAGCGUCAGCAACCAACCCCAGCACCUCAGGCCGGCCCCCCAUCCAACGCCUACAACGACCCAUCUCUCAGUAGGGUGCCUGUCGGCCGGCCCCAAAGCUUUGCACCUCAAGAGCUGUCAACAGGGCACUACGACUCGCCCGUCGACAACCGCCAGUCCUUCCACGGCGCCCCGCAAGGCGCUCCUCCAGCAGGGCAGGAGUAUCCCUAUCCGCCCGCCCAGCAGCAAAGCCAACCCCCAGGCUACCCUCCCCAAUCCUCCGCACCCCCUCAGAACCCUUACGACCACAUCACCUCUCCGCCGCCGCAGCCGCAGCCGCAGCCGCAUGAUCAGCAACCCUCAUCCGACCCCUAUGCCCCCGGCCCGCAGCAAAACCAGUACGGAUACCCACCACAGCAACAGCCGUCACAGCCCGGCUACGCACCCCCCGCGCCCCCGGGCGCUACGGGCAGUCCCGCACCGCAGAGCCAGGCGUAUCUUCCGUACCGGCCUGGCGGGCAGGCGCCAAGUGCACCUGUGGGAGGUGAUGGUGGGGAGGAGGGGUUUUACAGGUGA